GUGGCGAGCGAGAUUGAGACAGUCCCUGGGAACUGGUGUCGUGGCACGCAGGUCUGGUGUGUCUCGCAGCCCGCCCCGCUCAGCCACCAACCCGCACCGUAGACUGUAGUGAAAGGCGCCCACACGCACCCACCACCUGUACACCCCGGUGCCGCCCUGGCCAGCCAAGUGACGGAGAGUGUAGCGGGUGUCUCAGGUGUCGGGGUGGAUGUGCAGUGUGCAGGUCAUGGUGGACUUUUAGUGGAAGAGGAAGAGCGUUGUGUUGCCGCCACGGAUAUGGUGCUGGACUGGACCGACCCCACACCUCCACCACCGCCGCCUCACCACCACCACAACCACCAUCCUCACCAUCUCACCGCCGCCACCACCACCACCGCCGCCAUGGCAUCACACCUGCAGUAUUCCGAAGAUCAGAGUGGUGGCUACGGUUCUUAUCCCGCUUUGGACGGCCGUGACGACUGGCCUGGAGUGAGCGACGCAUUGGUUACCUACGCCACUUCGGCAGCCUCGCCCCUCCCCGCCCCUACACAGCACUUCUACAGCCAGAGUGAUGGAGUCAUGACGGAGUUGGGCGGCGUGAAUGGUCACGCUGUUACACCUGUGGGCGGCUACCCCCCUUCCUCGGUACCCCAAGCCACGCCCACACAGUCCCUCCCACCCACGCCCCACCACCCCGCGGGGCCGCCACACACCACCCACCGCCCCGUCGAUCUGUCGCAGGCGCAGAGGGAGUCCCAGCCGCCCAUCCCCUACCCACUGCACGACGCCCACACCCAGCGCCCCACCCUGCUGGACACCGCGUGGUCUACCGCAGAUGUCAAGAGUUACGGAUUGUACAGAUACCCUGGAUCCGCUAUGUUGGCUGGUUCCCUCACCCCCCCUGACAAGGUGAACGGGGAGGGGCACCACCCACACCCCGCCCACCACCACCCGCACCCCGCCCACCACCACGCUCUAAUGCCAGUCAUGCCCGCCCUCCACACGCCGCCCUCGCCUCUGCCCACGCCCUCACCGCCCGUUUAUGACCGGUUUGCGCCGAAGGAGCAGAGGCUGACGCGGGAGGCCAUGCAGCGAUACCUGAGGGAACGUGGGGACCAGAUCCUUGUCAUCCUACACGCCAAGGUCGCUCAAAAGUCCUACGGUAAUGAGAAGAGGUUCUUUUGCCCCCCGCCGUGUAUCUACCUCUACGGGGACGGCUGGCAGAGGAAGAGACUGGAGAUGCAGAGCGGGGCUUCAGAACAGGACUCCCAACUCUGCUGCUUCAUUGGCAUCGGAAACUCUGACCAAGAUAUGCAGCAACUCGAUCUGAAUGGGAAGCACUACUGCGCCGCCAAGACUCUGUUCAUCAGUGACUCGGACAAGAGGAAACACUUCAUGCUGACGGUGAAGAAGUUUUGGGGUUCCGGCGCCGAUAUUGGGGUGUUCCACUCUCGACGCAUCAAGGUUAUUUCCAAGCCGUCCAAGAAGAAACAAAGCCUCAAGAACGCGGACUUGUGCAUCGCCUCAGGGACAAAAGUAGCGCUGUUUAACCGUCUUCGCUCCCAAACUGUGUCCACGCGGUACCUUCACGUGGAGAACGGCAACUUCCACGCCUCCUCCACGCAAUGGGGCGCCUUCACCAUCCACCUGCUGGAUGACAAUGAGAGUGAGAGUGAGGAGUUCAGCGUGCGUGACGGCUACAUCCACUACGGCUCCACGGUGAAGCUGGUGUGUGCCGUGACGGGGAUGGCACUGCCCAGGCUCAUCAUUCGCAAGGUGGACAAGCAGACAGCGCUCCUGGAUGCAGACGACCCAGUGUCCCAGCUUCACAAGUGUGCGUUUUACAUGAAGGACACGGAGCGGAUGUAUUUGUGUCUUAGCCAGGAGAGGAUCAUUCAAUUCCAGGCCACGCCAUGCCCGAAGGAAGCCAACAAGGAGAUGAUUAACGAUGGCGCCUCCUGGACCAUCAUCAGCACAGACAAGGCCGAGUACCAGUUCUAUGAAGGGAUGGGGCCAGUCCGAGCUCCCGUCACCCCUGUUCCCAUUGUCAACUCCCUUCAUCUAAAUGGAGGAGGAGAUGUGGCAAUGCUGGAGCUCACCGGGGAGAAUUUCAGCCCCAACCUGCGUGUAUGGUUUGGGGACGUGGAGGCGGAGACCAUGUACCGGUGUCAGGAGUCAAUGCUGUGUGUGGUGCCAGACAUCUCAGCCUUCAGGAGAGGGUGGCAGUGGGUCAGGCAGCCAACACAGGUCCCAGUGUCGCUGGUAAGGCACGACGGCAUCAUCUAUGCUACCAACCUGACCUUCACCUACACGCCGGAGCCUGGGCCACGCCAACACUGUCCCCAGGCCGACGACAUCAUGCGGCCGCCCCACCGCCUGCCUCCCGCCUCCCUCCAGGAUGCCCCACCAUCCACCCACCCCCACCACCACACCUCCCCGCCCAAUCCCCUUGUGCCCCUGCAGUUUGAGCCCUCACAGCCUCUCCACACACCCACACAGCAGCAGCAACAGCAGCAGCAGCAACAGCAACAACAGCAACAGCACCAACAGCAGCAACAGCAACAGCAGCAGCAGCAACAACAACAGCAACAGCAGCAACAGCAACAACAGCAGCAACAACAGCACCUGUGAGGCGCUGCAUAAGUCUUCCUACAUGAGCUCCUCCUCACCUUCGCUUCACAUGCCGCCAGUGCAAGGCAUCAGGAGUGUUGGUGUAGGGUGUGAUGGAAAGCUGGGGACACAGCAGAGCUGAAGAAGGGCCGGCCGGCCGGAGCAAAGAAUGGCCACCUACUGCCCCGUGUGUGUGUGUGUGUGUGUGUGUGUGGUACUUAAUGUGUACGGACGCUGGUGUGCGCGGACAGCCUCGGGGCGGCAGGACAGACGUUGAUGUGUGUGGUGGGAACGCGGCACUCGCCCCGCGCUGCGUUUGUGAUGCGUGUACAACAACAGCAACAACAAGAGUAAUAAAUGACAAUGUCAUACUAGUUUUGGUUUUUGCAAUGUUCUUUUAUAUCAUGACUGUAUAUGACAUUCCAUUUUUACUAUGACCACACUCAAUGUACAAAGUUGAUUAGUAAGUAGUGUAGAAAAUUGCAAAGAUUAUUUGUUUACUACCAAAAAAAAGGGAAGACGUGACUUGUGCAUCGUCUCAAAAAAGAGGUUUUGGCGGCAAGUGACACAUUUCUCUAGAGGUUCCUUCUACUGUUUGUGAUAUUUUUGUACUUGUACGAUUGAAAGUAUUUUUAGAUCUCAAAUUUAGAUGUUCAGAUCUAUUUCUUGAGUGUAUUUUGUAUUGUUUUAUUUUUGUAAAUACAUCAUCAUUAGAUUGUAUUAAUCUGUUGUAGUCCAUAUUAUAAUUUAAAAACAACAAAACAAGAAGUAGAAACAGUUUUGUUUAGUGAGUGUUGUCCAGUGUGGCUGUGGCUCCCCCCUCACCCGGUGCCUCCCUGCUAUGGUACAAAUUAUCCUACUGACUCACUCCCUCACCACCCGCGCCUCACCCGCGCCUCGCCCUCACUCGGCUCAUCAGAUACGUUCAUUUGGGAGGAGUCCGUGACAAUUAUCAAUUAUUUUGUGGUAUUUAUUUGUGUAUGGCUGAGGUGAAAAUAUUGGAAGGUUUUGUGUAAAGUCUUGUGAGGAGUUUGGCUUAUUUACAGGAACAGGUUCAUGGUUUCCUUUUCUGAAUUAUUGAGAUGAGAAAUUAUUUGCAGUUCUCAACAUUUAAUUAGCAAUUCUUAUUGAUUUACUUUAUAACGGAAUCUGUAACUUUCAUUUACAGUUAUUUAUUUUGUUUGUUACUAAGAUUGAAUUCCUUUAGCCAUUCAUGUAAUGAAACAUAUUGUAAUUUCUGAAAUUUCAUAAAUAUUUAUUGAUGAGAUUUGUUAAAGGUGCUCAAAAUUUUUAAGUUUUCAUGAAGUUAAGGGCUAUUUUUCAUGUGUUUGGUUGAUUACUAAGGUGACAAGUGUGCAUUUUGUGACUGUUCCUACUAUUCACAAUCAAAAUUCUUUAAAUGCCUUUCCUGCGACAUGCUGAAAAUGGAAACUAUCAAUGACAAAGUCUUACAUCUUUUAAAAUUUUCAAGUUUGAAUUCAACUGCAAAUGAAACUUUUGACCCAGACUUGAUAAUGCUUUGUGCAGCUGAUCAUUGACAGACAGAGAUAAGUAGACUUGAGAUGCACCACUGACUUCAGCAACACUGAAAAAGAAAGAAAAAGAAAUCCCUUCAAAAGGCAAACUGUAGCAGCCACGUGGCACAGCACAACACUUGCUGUCUCCCCUCAAGAAGACAGACUCUCAGUGUAACAGAAGGCACAGCGUAAUUGUACGGAACAUACAUCUUCACAUAUAUAAACCAGAUGCGAUGUGUUAUUACUUGGAAUUGUCCAUAUGAUUAUUCACAGCAAUAUGAAUAUGCUAACAAAUUUCACAGCACAAAAACUGUUUGCAAAUCACCCAACAAUAUGUGCAAGGUUGGAUAGGACAAAGUUAAGGAGUUGUAGAUAGUGACGUAAGACCCAGAAAUGGUUGUGAGGCCCAGCGAGGCAGGAGGGGAGGUGCCACGGCAGGCAGGGCGACCGUCUUAUCUCAGUCACACUUCACACUGGGUGAGUAAUACAUGUACCUCUUCAGGGUCACAAGGCAGGCAGCGUGCUGUGCUCAGCGGCACCAGGACACGCAGAAGUUUGUGAUAGUGUACAGCAGUCUCUUUGUGUACAGUAUUUAAUAAUAUUCAUUAAUGCAAUAAAAUUCAGUUUGUAAA